GUUUUCAUUUCUCUCUCUCUCUCUCUCUCUCUCUCUCUCUCUCUCUUCUGUAUUCAAUUCAAUUUCGACUCUCCAGUCUCCUCGAAGAAAUCAAACUCCACGUGAUUCUCUCUCUGUCAAUCGCCAUUACUGGUUCACGAUCUUCUCGUCCUCACUCACCGGUUAGCACUUCGCUGAUGCAAUCUUUUUCGGAAAAUUCGCGUGAAUUGCACAGAAUUUGAGUACAGGAUUUUCGUGCUUAUGGAUCUACUCCGGUUCUCUUAUCUGAAUCUUUGAAUAUUUUUGUUGGAGGAAGGAGGUUAAUUCAGAAGCUCAAGUUGUCGAGCUUGAAAUGGUGGAGAAAUCGAAGUGAAGUAGCGUGUAGCUAAAUGAAGAGGAAGGUAACGCAGCAGAAGUCUCAGUAUCAAUGGCAGAGGAGGAUUUUCGUUCUGUUCUUGUUCGGUUUUUUCUUCGUGAGUUUGCUGUUGAUGCAGGCGUGGUACAAUGGAGUCGUUACUUCGAUAUCGUCUCUGCGGCCUCAUUUCGUUCAAAAUCCGAAAAUCGCGUUCCUGUUCAUCGCGAGAAAUCGACUUCCUCUCGACAUGGUUUGGCACUCUUUCUUCGAGGGAGAGGAGAGUAGAUUUUCAGUGUUUGUUCACUCUAGGCCUGGAUUUCUGCUUAACAAGGCAACAACAAGAUCCGUCUAUUUUCUCAAUCGUCAACUUAACGAUAGUAUACAGGUAGAUUGGGGUGAAGCAAGCAUGAUCGAGGCUGAGCGUAUAUUGCUUAGACAUGCACUUAAAGAUCCAUUUAACGAACGGUUUAUUUUUCUGUCAGACAGCUGCAUACCUCUGUACAAUUUCAGCUACACUUACGACUAUGUCAUAUCAACAUCCACUAGCUUUGUUGACAGAAACAAUCCAAAGCAAUUGUCUGCUGCAAUGAGAAGAUCCUUACCAGAGUUCUGGCGUGAUCAUCCCCUUCCAGUUGAUGCAGCCAAAGAGCAUAAUUGCAUACCUGAUGAACAUUAUGUCCAGACAUUACUGGCGCUAAAAAAUCUCGAAGGGGAAAUCACAAGGAGGUCACUGACAUACUCUUCAUGGGAUCUAUCAGCCUCCAAAGAGCCUGAACGUCGAGGAUGGCACCCUGUUACUUAUAAAUUUGCUGAUGCAACUCCAGAACUUAUCCAAUCUAUAAAGGGAAUUGAUAAUAUCCAUUACGAGACUGAAAACCGAAGAGAAUGGUGUAGCAGCAAAGGAAAACCAUCCCCUUGCUUUCUUUUUGCAAGAAAGUUCACACGGCCUGCUGCACUUCGUCUUCUUAAAAUGUCUGUCCUUGGUGCUCACGGUGAAGAUACUAGUAAACUCUAACAAUGUCAAAGUAUACGGUACCUUUGGUAAGUGUUAGUAUUUUGUAGUAGGAUACGUUAGUCUUAACCUAGAUGAAGACACUCUUAUAUCUAUCUGUUGCUGGGCAAUGCAAUGUAGAGUUGUAAAUUAGGGAUACAAAA